CCACAACCAGCGCUAAACAAAAACCGCCUCCGAAAGCACCGUGCUACUUCCAUACCUUCGAUCUUUGAACUACUAGAAACACGAUGAUUCGGGCCCCGUUUGGGCAAAGCUGGGUGGCCCGCUUCAAUGGAUACCAUCCAACUCGCGGAAUGCUGAAGCGACCAUCAACCAAAUACCAAUCACCACCAACCGUAAAUCUUCCUGACCGGACAUGGCCAAGCAAGACAAUAACCCAAAUCCCACGUUGGUGCGCCGUGGAUCUUCGAGAUGGAAACCAAUCUCUGGUCAACCCAAUGACAGUCGAACAAAAGACCAAAUUCUUCAACCUCUUGCUCAAGUGCGGCUUCAAGGAAAUCGAGGUCGGCUUCCCUGCGGCCAGUGAUACCGAUUUCGACUUUGUCAGGAAAAUCGCAAAGAGUCGUCAACCUAACUUGGAUGAUGUAGCAAUUCAGGUUCUUUCACCAGCUCGAGAAGAUUUAAUCAGGAGAACGUUUGACGCGGUUCAGGAUGGCAAGAACGUGAUUAUCCACAUGUACAAUGCCACCUCGCCCUUAUUCCGGCAAACAGUCUUCCAAGCAUCCAAGGCCAAAACAAUCGACCUUGCCGUCCGACACGCUGAACUAGUCAGGCAACUCUCCGAUGAUGCGAUCUCCAGGGGCGACCGCACCGAAUGGCAAUUCCAAUAUUCUCCCGAAACCUUCUCACAAACCGAACCUGAAUUCGCUGUCGAAAUCUGCGAGGCGGUCAAGAAGGCCUGGUUCCAUGGCAAGGAUAUGAAGAAAAGUCAUCCGAUCAUUUUCAACUUGCCGGCUACAGUCGAGGUAUCCACCCCAAAUGUGUAUGCCGACCAGAUCGAAUAUUUCUGCCGAAACAUCUCAGAUCGAGAACAUUGUCGGAUCAGUCUCCACACUCACAAUGAUCGGGGCACUGGUGUUGCCGCAACUGAGCUUGGGUUGAUGGCUGGUGCGGACCGGGUCGAAGGCUGUUUAUUCGGAAACGGAGAGAGAACUGGAAACGUUGAUCUAGUCACAGUAGCCUUGAACAUGUACUCUCAUGGUCUCGCGCCCAAUCUGGACUUUAGUGACAUCAAAGAAGUGAUCGACAUUGUCACCGAAUGCAACGAUAUCCCAGUCCACCCACGUCAUCCAUACUCUGGAGAUCUGGUCUUUACCGCAUUCAGUGGCUCGCAUCAAGACGCCAUCAAGAAAGGUUUUGCGAUUCAAAAUGCCAAUUCGCAUUGGGAAAUGCCUUACCUAUCUAUCGACCCACACGAUAUCGGUUGCGACUACGAGGCAGUUAUUCGUGUCAACUCGCAAUCAGGAAAGGGUGGGGUGGCUUAUCUCAUCCAAGAACACCUGGGGUUGGAUAUGCCCAGGAGAAUGCAAGUAGCAUUCUACGGGAUCGUCCAAAACUUGGCCGAUCGAACUGGACGAGAGAUGACGGUGGACGACCUCACGAAAUGUUUCCGAACAGCCUACCAUCUCGGUCUUGGGCACGAGGGCCGUUUCAAACUCCAGGAUUAUUCGAUCGCCAACAUGACUCAGCCCGAUGGAAUGGCUCAAAUCGAUCCUACCACUGGCGAGCCGCUGCCGCCCCGCAAGGUACUCAAAGCAACUAUCUUGAAAGAUAAGAAGAAGGUCGAACUGUCGGGUGAAGGAAAUGGACCAGUCAGUGCGAUGAUGAACGCCAUGAGAACCCAUUGUGGCUUGAUGCUUGAUGUAGUGAGUUAUUCGGAGAAGGCCAUCGGAUCGGGUAGUGAAACCAAGGCCGCUUCCUACAUUGAAUUGAAGGAUGAAAGAGGCCGACACGUGUGGGGAGUUGGGGUUGACGAAGAUGUUACGACUUCUCUUCUCAAAGCGGUCAUCAGUGCUGCCAACACUGCUUCAACUUCAGCACAACAGCAAUCUGACGAGAUCUUUGCCACAGUAGUGGGCGCCAAGCCUGCAUGAAAAAGUUUUUUCGCACUCAUCCCAUUCUCUGUGUAUCUCAAUAAUCUGCAUCUCUAUAUUUCCAAAUCCUUCUUUUUAACGAUCCGUCUUACUACGAAAAAUCAAUUUCCUUCUUCUUUGGAACACAUAAAUUGGGAAGGUCCUGUAACCUCACCCGCAUGUUGGUCGUUAUCCUCAAAAUCAACUGUCUUUCUAAUUCCUAUUUGAAAAAAAAAAAAAAAAGCUCUUUGCAUAGUGUGACUAUCGAUCUCUUUCUCUUGUUCUCUAACCAAGAUAUCAAUCUAUCCCAUCGUGGACAUUCGUGGAACCCAGUCAAAGUGAAAGAUUAAUUCAAUCUACACCCCUCAUCCCGGAAUGGGUCUAUAUGUAGAU